AUGGACAAGGAAGGCGGAAAAAGGUCCUUUCGGGUGGACUCUGCCCACCUGCCUGCCUGCCAUGCUGGCUUUGAAGGUGGAGAGAGUGGGCCGGGAGCCAAGGAAUGCAGCGACCUCCGACCUCCGGGACCUGGGAACAGCCCUCCAGUACAGCCAGCAGCAACAGGGCCCCUCGUUCUGCAGCAGCAGCAACUGGAUUCUGCCGACAACCUGCAGCGUGGGAAGCAGAUGCUCCUUCAGAGCUCCCGGAGGGAACGCAGCCAGCAGACAUGUAUCCUUUCUGCCCGGUGGAACCCGGACCGGACCUCUGACCUCCAGGAUGUGAAGUCGUACAUUUGUGUUGUCAGCCGCCAGGGGGCCGGGACCCUGCAGGCGAGUAUCAGCCCAGCUGGCAGCCUGUGCACCCGCCUGCCACGCGUCAUUGGGCUGGCCUCUGCCUAUGGAGCCCUGGGGGUUCCUGAGGUUCAUGUGGGGCCAGAUGCUAAGCCGCCCUCCUGGCUGCUCUUGUCCUUGGUCCAGCGGCCUGGGGUGGAGCUGGCCAGGGCCCCCGUAAUCCGUGGCUGCUUCCUCCUUCCAGGUGUUAACUGUCUUGCCUAUGAUGAAGCCAUCAUGGCUCAGCAGGACCGAAUUCAACAAGAGAUUGCGGUGCAGAACCCCCUGGUCUCCGAGCGGCUGGAGCUCUCGGUCCUGUACAAGGAGUAUGCUGAGGACGACAACAUCUACCAACAGAAGAUCAAGGACCUCCACAAAAAGUACUCGUACAUCCGCAAGACCAGGCCCGACGGGAACUGCUUCUAUCGAGCCUUUGGCUUCUCCCACCUGGAGGCGCUGCUGGAUGACAGCAAGGAGUUGCAGAGGUUCAAGGCUGUGUCUGCCAAGAGCAAAGAAGACCUGGUGUCCCAGGGCUUCACCGAGUUCACAAUUGAGGAUUUCCACAACACGUUCAUGGACCUGAUCGAGCAGGUGGAGAAGCAGACCUCAGUAGCCGACCUGCUGGCUUCCUUCAACGACCAGAGCACCUCGGACUACCUGGUGGUCUACCUGCGGCUGCUCACCUCUGGCUACCUGCAGCGGGAGAGCAAGUUCUUCGAGCACUUCAUUGAGGGUGGGCGGACUGUCAAGGAGUUCUGCCAGCAGGAGGUGGAGCCCAUGUGCAAGGAGAGCGAUCACAUCCACAACGUCGCGCUGGCCCAGGCCCUCAACGUCUCCAUCCAGGUGGAGUACAUGGACCGCGGCGAGGGCACCACCACCAACCCGCACAUCUUCCCCGAGGGCUCCGAGCCCAAGGUCUACCUUCUCUACCGGCCUGGACACUACGACAUCCUCUACAAAGAGGGCUGGCUCUGCCCGCCGCUGCCCUGCUGCCCUCCCCUCUGCCAGGCACUAGACAUGUACAGAGGUUUUUGUGUGGUUGUAAAUGGUCAUAUUUCACUCCCCCUUCCCUGUCAUACAACCUUCACGUUUUAUUAAAGGGGAUGCUGGUGGUGAGCCCUGUGUGCGUGUCCCUGCUCUGCUGCUGCCCGCCUGGAUGCUCUGUGUCUGGCUGACCCCUCCCCCAGGUGGGUUCCUCUCGGCCUUUCACCUGUCCGCCUCCCCAGCAGUUUUGAGGGGCUAGGCCUCUUGGGGCCCCUUCCUGUUUAUUGGGAUUCUGCUUCCUUCAUGCCUCCCUCCCCUCCUUAGCUGGCCCAAGAAGUUCCUUGGGGACUUACCAGGGGCCUAGGACCAUCAAGGCUUCAAGCUGCCCCCUCAUAGGUCCACCUCCGUCCUGCCAUCGUGGCCAGGGCCCCAGACCCCCGCUGCCUGCUUUCCAUCAGGGGUCUGCAUGUCGGAGCACUGGGUGGAGAGGGCCGACACGAUGGUGGGACCUGGCUCAGUAGGCGGAGGAGCUAGGGUACCUCUACUGCACCCCCAGGUGACCCCACCCUGGUAGGGGCGGGGCAGCCUUCAAGCCUCUGCUUGGUCAGGUCCCCAGGCAGGACUUGCCAAGCUGCCACCCCCUGCCCACCCCAGGCCCCCUGCCUGUGCCUGCUUUGCACCCCCUUUGCUUCAGCCACGGUGUCUGCAUUGCUUGCCUUUUUGCCUUGACUUCCUUUCCCCCCCACCCCAGCACAUGUGGGGCUUAGUCCCCAGGCUGUGAACUCCUUGGGGGGCAGGCCCUCAAUAAAUGUGAAGUACUGCCCGCGUC